UUCACCAUCCCUGAUGUAGAACAUGUUUCAGUGCUCCUAUAAUAAUACAAUCAACCGUUCAUAAUCAGUUCUAGUGAUUAAUGUGUAAAUUGGCGUCCUAUCAUUUUCAUAAGCUGAUUGAUUGAAUAGUUGGCAGUUCCUGUAAGUAUUACAAAUCAACUUAUCGCAGUGAAUCAACCUGUUCGUGAUGGUUCUGGAAUGUGGCUGACCAGGCCGUCAUGGCAUUGGUAUGGAGAUUGGCGCUCAACUGCGAUUUCAGUUUUUUUUUUUUCUGCUUUUAAAGGUUGGCGCAUUUCUCAAAUCUCCAAAGUUCCCUAUUUGGAUCCUUGGCAGCGAGACUCAUCUCUCAGUAUUCUUCACUAAGGAGAUGGCUUUGGUGGCCCCCGAGUCUCCUUCAGAGCAGGCUAGAAGAGUCUUCCAGACCUUUGACCCGGAAGAUAAUGGGUUCAUUCCAGACACACUGCUUGAAGAUGUUAUGAAAGCGUUGGAUCUUGUCUCUGAGCCAGACUAUGUGAAUCUGAUGAAGAGUAAGCUGGAUCCAGAGGGGUUGGGAAUAAUUCUGCUAGGCCAGUUUCUGCAGGAGUUCUUUCCUCACCAGGAUUCUGUGAUCCCAGACUCAUUUCCUGUGUAUCACUAUAAUGGCCUGAAGCAGUCCAACCACAAUGAGAAGGUGAGUUACGUUGAGGGCACUGCUUUGGUCAUGGGUUUUGAGGACCCCAUGGUACGUACGGAUGACACCCCGGUCAAGCGCUGUCUACAGACCAAAUGGCCCUACAUCGAGCUCCUGUGGACAACAGAAAGGUCGCCCUCCCUCAAUUAACCUUUUAUCUCUCACCAUUCACCCAUCAACCUCUGGCUACACAGCCUGCUGACUUCAGGAACGCUCUUAGGACUCCUUGCUCUCUCCGCACUACAUUUAGAAGGCCAACACGAGACCUGAUGUUCAGAGGAGAGACGAUGCUCUUCGCCUGACACUCACACAAAGCAUCCGGUUUGCUUUUUACACAGCUCAACUGGCUUGAUUAUUGGGCUAAUUUUGUGUUUAAAGCCCAGGUGUUUCUUUUCUUUUCUUUUUUUUCUAAAUUGUUACUUUGUUGCCAUCUCGUGUGAAUACCAAAUGUAUUUGCUUUGCAGGUGUUCAUAUAAUUUUUGUUAACUUUCAACAUGAUUUUGUUUACUGGUCUGAAAUAAGUCGGAGUAAUUUAUGGAAUUGUUAAUAUAUUGUUUUGUUUUUUGGAAGUUUGAUUGUCAGCAGUUGUAAAUAUUUAAGGGAUCAUUUGACCAAAGGCUCUGGUUGGACAUAAAGUAUUUGUGUUUGUCAGUGGUCAGCAUAGGACCCACUAUAUUGUGCAGCACUCGGCCCUGAGAGGAAGUCUGUUUAGACAGGUUUACUAAAGAAUGCACUACAACCCCAUGCUGGGCACCAAACGACAGUGGAGAAUCGGGCAAUUUUAGUAUUUAAACUUUGAAGUAACAACCCUCCAGGAGGGAUUCCCUGCAUGAGAGAGAAGAAUAACACUGACAAACGCUCACCCUUUAUUUAUUCUGAUCCUAAUGGUUCACUAAAAUAAACACUUUUGUUCAUCA